UUUCUUAUCUUCUAUAAGUAUGUAUUCGUAUGUACGUUCUUACACUGUACAUUGAAAAUGAAUUUUAAAAUGAAAAAAAAAUAGUAAACUAUAUACUUUUGAUUUCGUGAAAUUACUUAUACUUUACAUUACAUAUAUUAUUAAUGCAAUUAUUGAUGCAUUUAUUACAUUUUUAAAAGUAGGAAAAGAUGGCGCUGCAUGGCACGUUUAACCAAACGUGCUUUUUUCAUGUGUUUCAUGUCAUGUUAUACGUUUUCUAUUUCAAUUUAAAAAAAUAUUUAAUUUUAUUUAUCUUCUCUUAAAAUCAAAUUUCAAUGAAAGAUAAUAAUUUCGAAUUAUCUCUUUUUAUAUUGAAGAAUAAAUAUAAACAAUAUAUAACGUGCAAAAACGAAUGAUACAUUUUUAACUUGGACUCACCAAAUAGGUUAUGCCACUAGUUUUUAAUAAUAAUUUAAAUAUAAUUUGGAUCUUUAACAAGAUUAAUAUCAAACGUCGGAAAAUAGAAGAAUAACGAAAUUAAAUAUUAAUUGAAUAUAUUUAUAUUUAUAUAUAAAAGAAAUGGAUGAGUUAUCAGUUACCGAAAAUGAGUUGUUACAGAAACAUAAACGAGAACGUAAAGAAUUACAAGCACAAAUACAAGUACUGAAGAAAUCAAUCUGUAAGGGUGAUAAAAAAAAGAAAAAAGAAGUUGCGGAUGAAAUAGCACGCAAGGAAGAAGAUUUAGAAAAGAAACAAGACGAGGAAUUAGCCAGAUGGAAAAUAUCCCAGGUAACUUUGAAUGAUACCGAUGCAGAAAAUGUAGAAGAAUCGUCUAAUAAAAAUGACGAAAUAGAAUCUAAAGAAUCCGAAAAAGUACAACAGAGAAUUUCUAAAGCUCAACGAAGAAGAUGUAAAAAAGAGAGUGCAGAGAGAGAACGUAAUCAAAGAAUCAUAGAACAGGAAGCAUUCAACAUCUAUGGAAAGAGAAAUAUUGAGAUACAAUCAAUUAAAAAAAUCCUUUACGAACGUGAUUUAAUGUUAUAUGAAAUUCCAAGUGAUGGUCAUUGUUUAUACAAUGCAGUUGCACAUCAACUUAAAAUGAUUGGAGAAAUUCCAUUGAGUUUAAACGAUUUAAGAAUGAAAACUGCCAUAUAUUUAAGACAAAAUAGAGACGAUUUCCUACCGUUUAUUUCUAAUCCAGAUUCAGAUCAGUUAUUAUCACCUGAGCAAUACGAAAAAUAUUGUAACGACAUUGCUGAAACUUGCGCUUGGGGUGGUGCAAUUGAGUUGCAAGUAUUGUCGCGUAUUUUGGAACGUCAAAUUGAGGUCAUACAAGCGACAGGUACUCCCUAUAUCGUCGGAGAUGAAUUCAGUAAGAGAAAAAGAAUAAUAUUAACAUAUCAUCGUUACAUGUAUGAAUUAGGUGCUCAUUAUAAUUCAGUUACUAAAUUUCUCAAAGCAGAUGAAAGCUGAUCGUACAUUUUAUUAUACUGAAAAAACGUUCUUUUUAAAAUGCAGUCAUGAACUUAUUAUAUAACGUAAUAAAUAAUUCUGAUUUAAUUUUAUGUACACAUCAGAUUUAUUAAAUACGUUUAAAUCAAUAAGUACAUACAUUGAGAUAAUAGCAUCUGAUAUCUAAUUUUUUCAAAUCGUGUGAAUAUACUAUCGUUAGACUGGUAUUUUAUAUAAUAGAUUUAAUAUGGUAAUCAAAAUAAUUCGGGUUGUCAAUUUUUCAUUAUUUCAUUAUUAUUAUUAUUUGAAAAUUAUACAAAAUUAAUUAAUAAGAAUGAAUUAAUCAACCAGUUUUUUAUUUAUUUUUAAACUUCUUUUACGUUAAAUAAAAUGAUAGGAUUUACUGAUUUGAUAAAAUUUAAAUAUUAAGAAUAUUACAAAAAAAAUAAAUCAAAGAAUUAUUGCAGUUUACAAAAGAACAAUUGCGGUGUUGUAGAAAUAUUACUUAAAUGCAGUAUACAUAUCAACGGUGUUCUAAACUAGGGAUUUGUUAUUCUCCGUAUGUGUUAGAAAUAUUCUAAUAUUUCGCAUAAUAGUUCAUGUAUUAAGAAAAAGAAUUAACUCUUUGACCAAAUUAUUCGUAUUCAGAACAUUUUAGAAAGAGAAUAGAUUUAUAUAAAAUCGGCAAUAAUACAUAUAAAAAUAUAGAAGUGAUAUAUCAUCGAUAGGAUAACAAAAAGACAACAAUGCCAACGGGGAGGACGUAUUUCGUUGAGUGUAUAAUUAAUAUUUUUUAUAAAAUCCAGUAAAUCGGCGAAACCUUUGCCAAUUUUUACUUUCAUACUUUAUAUUCAAUUUACUUUUACACAAUUUUUUAUUGUGUAAAUUACGUAUUGAUUAAUAACAAUACGAAUGUACUGCCAAUUAUUGAAUAUGUCUUGCAGUCUAGUACUUGACUUUUACAAUAAUAAUUUUAUAUUUACGAUUUGGUGAAUCGUUCUUUUUUGGAAGUCUUAGGAUUUAAGUCGAAGUCAAAUGUAUAUUGUCUCUUUUUCUCUCACUUCCUCUAUUUCUAUCUCUCUGCCAUAGAAUGCAUAUAUUAAAUAAAUAAUAUAUAAUGUUAUGAUCAUACUUAGUAUAUUAUUGAAAUAUUGUAAAUAUUGAUGUAUGUAUCAGCGUGUGUUUUCAUGUGAAAUAAAUAAUAUACAA